CUGGCGUUCCUCAGCUGCAGGUGAUUCCAGCAGCAGCAGCAGCAGCAGCAGCGACUGAAGCCUCCGGUGUUUCUAACGUCGUCGUGUCGUCGCCGGUGAAGCAACCAUGUCCCAGUGUGCUCAUGCAGGGGGCGCUGCAGGGCCGACUCAGGAAGCCCUCGACAUGUCGGUCUCCGUGGAGGACAACGCACGGGACCAAGACCAAAGUCUGCAGAUGAACGAAGUGUCCAUGUCUCACUCUGCUCCAGCGGAGGAUGAAGGCGCUUUGAGGUGCCAGUCCCUGGACACGUCCUAUCCUGAGGAGGAGAACCAGACCACCAACGAGGGCGAGGAGCAGCAGGAGUCCUUCCCCUGCGGCUGCACCUCCAUGAUCCAGGUGAUCAACCUGCGCACCAACCUGGUCCUGGCCCUGGAGAAGAACGCCUGGAUGCAGAAGUGCAUCGCCGAGCUGGAGGAGGAGCGCAACUUCCUGCGGCUGCAGUUGGACCGGCUCAUCUCCAACAUCAGCUUCAAGGAUCCCUCCGCCCAGGUGUGCUCAGACCAGGAGGUGGUGGUGAAGACCGAGCCCGCCAGCUCCACCUCGUGUGUGACCACCCGCUCGGGAAUGAGCCUGCAGGACCCAGGAGAGUACAGGAGCGCCGUGAUGGACACUGAGGACUCGGCGCUGGAGCGGGAGCACUGCGACUCCAAACUCUACGUGAAGAAGAAGGAGGAGGACGAGCUGUGGCUGGAGCCCGGGGCCAUGAAGGGCCACGGAGGGGUUCGCCUUCGCAACCUUGGCAUUGCACCGAGGUUCGAGAGACAGAGGGUGAAGAACCCAGACGGUGUCCUGCAUCGCUACAAGAAGAUCCUGACCACGUUCCAGCACGUCCGCAGCAUCUCCAGGUCUCUGCGGAUUCACGGCAUCGACCGCAACACUCUGGCCUCCACCAACCCCAUCGCCGAGCUCCUGCUGGUGGCCCCCGAGAAGAUGGCUGAGGUCGGGGAGUUUGACUCGUCGAAAGAGAAGCUGCUGGAGUACGCGCGGCGCUGCUACGCCUCCAUGGACGAGCAGAUGCACGCCAAGAUCAAGAAGAUGAAGAACAACAACAAGCUGCUCCCCAUCACCUACAGAUUCAGGAAGAGUUAGGAGCCGUCCACGACAGAGCUGAGUGGAAAAGCCUUAUCGUUUGAGGAGAAAGUUCACUUUGUUUUCCAGCGUUGACACCACGUCUCCUGUUCCUCUGUUCACUUUGCUUUCUGCCUCAUGAGUUCUCGCCAGAGUUUGGCUCAUUGAAGGCAAACGUUGCUCUUUAUUUUGACUCACUGAAGUGAGUUGUGGAUUUUUGUUGUGGCUGUGUUUCCAUACUGAGUUUAAGAUGCAGCAUGAAACUUGCAAAAUAAAGAUGCAGGGUUUGGCUGGCGGCCUGAAGUCCAUCGUUUCAACUCAAAUCUGACCCCACAAGUCGUUUCAUGUGACCUGCUCGAGCUUUACGUGUCAUUUCCAAACGUCACGAUCACAAGAUAAGGUUGUUCUCUCGCAAAUUCACAUUACAAAUACCAACAAUUCAUCGAGACAAAAACGAAAAAUGCCAGUGGAAAUUCUCACUGCGGAGGCUUCACGCUGAAAUUGGUCCAAGAAUGUAACCAGUAUUAGUGGUUGAAUUGUUGCAAUGAACCAUGGGACGUCAAGUCGAUCCGCAAAUUCCACUAUUUUUCUUUUUUCUCUAAUAGUAUGUAGUAUGAUGCGAAUAUUUGUCGUGCCCUCUUUUGAGUUACAGUUAAAAGAUUACAAAGUGUUUUCUGCUGCAAACUAAAAAACAAUAUCAACAAAGUUGUUCUUCAUUGUAACAUUAUUUUGCUCAUCUAAAUCUUAACAAGGUGUACAUAUAUAUAUAUAUAUGUAUGUAUGUAUGUAGUCAGAGUCUCAUGAAAACCAUGCACUUUUCAGCAUCGCCCUCUAACCUGAUCUAAUCCGGUGAGCAGAUCCACCUGAAAAGCUCGGGGCCCGUUCAGGCAGCACCUUUGUCCCGGGCAGGCCUUCUCCGUGAUACCAGCCAAGCCCUGUGCUAAUGGCUACGAGCGUUCCUCCUCCCUCCCUGCAACAUUAGAAAUCACUUUCCGCACACAGGCAUGUUUAAUGGAUGUCACUGGCUCAGCAGCUUCUGCUGACGCUGAGCUUCGUACUGCGCCCAUUAGCGUGUUCACGCGAACAUUAGCUCCUCGCACACACAACUUCAGUCCAAAGUUGUUGAGCCAAGGUUUUUGGAAUAGUCGGAAACACCCGGAAAAUUGCUUUAAAGAUUGGUGAGUGGCAGGAAAGCUAUUCCGUAGCGCCCCCUAGAUCACCUAGGUUUUAUUCUCCAUAUUACUGUUAGCAUGUUUGUGUGAUGCUAGCUACAUGUGCAGGCUCGCAUGCUGUCAAAUAUGUGUCACAAGUCAAUAACGUUUGUUAGCUUCCACUGAGCCUGGCUACUUUGUUUUGUUAGCAUCAUCGACAGUAUGCUAUCGAGAAAGCAGUUAGCAUAUGGGGCUAGAAGAGCUGACGUUGAAUCAUAAAAAUUUAGAAUGUGAAUAUCUUUUUUUAAUUUAUUUUUUCAGCCAAUAUUCUUUUUUUCUCAGCCAAUGUAAGCUGUCCCUGUUCUAGCUCCAUACAUACACAGCUUCUGUAUUAAUCAUGUAUAUUAAAACAAGCUAGCCUGCUAGCGUUUUAUCACAGUUUUCGCUUCGACAGGCUAGCAAGCUGCUAGCAUGUCUCUGGUUUGGUCUCCAUGUGGCGUCUUUUAUUAGUCGUGUGACCCGAUGCUCCCGUCAAACUUUUGUUCCCUCGUACCGAACACGUGUCAGCGCUGCAUUAAUAUGAAUCCUGAUAAAUAUUUCAGUAAAUUGACUGGUUUUCCGCG